CCACCGGGACCCUCCCGGUGCCUCGUGGCGGAGUCGCCGCCGCUCCGGCCCCGCAGAUGUUGCCCCUUUUCCUCCUCCUCCUCCUCCUCCUCCUCCUGCUCGCCUGCCCCGGCAGCUCGGCAGCCGGCCUGGGGGUCACAGCCCGCACGCUUUCUCCGUGCUAUUCUGCUGACCUCAGGCCGGCAUCGGAGCGGCUGGUCUCGGCCGUGGGCUGCACUGUGCUCCUGACGGUCCCGCUGCUGAAAGCCAGCAAAGCUGUCGUCUGGGAAUACAAAACGGGCUCGGGGGAAGGAGUCAUCGUCGAUUAUGCUCUCGACAGACCCACCAACACGUCUCGCCUUUACGAGAAUCGCACGAGGUUCAACGAAACGGAUUUCUCGCUGCAGAUCGUGCUGCAGCGGGGAGACGACCGGCUGUACCGGGCCCGGUCUGAGUCGGAGGCCACGGGCUGGUUCCAGCUGCGCGUUGUCGAACCGCUGGCCGAGCCAGAAAUCCUGGGCAACUCCUCAGUGAAGGCGGGGGCCAACACCAAACUGGUUUGCAACGUCGUGGAAGGGAAGGCGGACUUGUACUGGUGGAAGAAAAACGGGGAGCUGCUGCUGGGAAGCGACCGCAUCCAGUUUGUUGACAACACCACCCUGUGCAUCGUUAAAGCGGCGAUGAACGACAGCGGCUACUACGCUUGCGUGGUCCGCAACGAAGUCAGCCAGAAUGAAACCUCCUUCCUGCUGCACGUCCAGAAUGCUGCCAACGUGGUGUUGCCCAUGAUCCUGGCGUGUGUUGUCAUCGGCUUGCUCGCAGGUGUCUUCGUCUGGUGCAAGAGAAGGGACCGCCCGUGUCGCGGCAGCUGUAGGUAGAGAGCUUGAGCGGCUGCGCCCUUGCUGCCCUCCCCGACGGGGCGGGGGGGGGGGGUGGAUGCUGCCUGGGGAGCGCCGGACGCUUGAUGCUGUCCUGACCUCUUCUGGGCUCACCUCGGAAUUGCUCAAGCUGCUGAACCCCACAAAUAUUUUAUUUUUAUUUUUUUUUUUUUUUUUUGUGAAAACACAGGCUUGGACUAUUUCUGUGUUGUCCUGCUCUUCCCCAGGGCGCCUUGCACAUCCCUGGGGGGGGGAGGUGGGCAUGGCCGUGCCUGUGGCCUGGCUGCUGCUCCAGACCCCUCCCCUGGCUUCCUCCAGAGGCCGGGGGUGUGUGUGUGGGUGUGGGUGUGGGGGUGUGGGUGUGGGUGUGUGUCAGUGCUUGUGAUGGGCGGAUGGCUCUGGAAAGAGCCACCAACCCCAGCCCCGGUGCCAGCCCCUGCCUCCCUGGGGCUUGAGCCCCUCACCGUGGCCUCCUGGUGUGCUUGGGUGCCUGGGACUUGCCAGGGUGGCACAGGGGCUGAGACCACGGGCGUUCUGCUCGGUUUGGCCCUCGGAGGGAGGAAGAAGGGCAGGAUUUUGCUGUUCUGUUCGCUGGGGAGUCUGGUUGAUGAGCAGAGCCAGGGGAGGGCGGCAGGGGAUGGAGGAGCAGGAAAGUAGUUUUGUUUUAGAAAGGAAACCCCAAAGAAAUCCCAGCUGUGGUAGAGCAGCGAUGCAGCCUGGCAUGGGACACAUCGGGAUGCUCCUGAGCCCUCCUCCUCUGUCCUCCAGCCUUGGGCUCCGGGGGGAUCUGGGGGUGUCCCCUCCUCUUCCUCCACUGCUCCUGCGGGUGAUGGCACACUUGGUCUGGUUUGCCACGGCCAGGGCAGCCCUGCCUCCUCCCCGAGUCCUGCCGCCUCCCUUCCCCAUGCUGCUUCUGCAAAGCUCCUCUGGGCUUUGCUUGCAAAGGGGUCGUUAUUCCUUUUUUAGAGCUGAAAUCACUUAGUCUGGAGGCACAACUGGCAUCUUCACCCUGGAGAAAACUGGACGCUCUCCCAGGAGCGCUGGACCUCGGGGCCGGGGCGUUUGCACCCGUCUUGCGUUCUGAUGGGGACAACCCCAGGUCCAGCACCCUGUCUGAGCCAGUCCCCAGCACCGCUGAGGGGGGGCAGGUGUUUCGGGUGCCCUCAUCUACCUACUGGGUGCUCACUUCUCCCCCAGAGCAGUUGGUGGCCUGGGGACCUCUCCUUGCUCCCAGCCACAGCCAGCAAAUGCGGAGCGGUGCGGCUGGAUGUUUCUGUUGCUUGGGUCUUGCCUGUAGACUUGCUUCUGCAGCAAAGGGCUUUCCUGGCUGGGGCAGGGGUGGGUUUCCCUCUCCUCGGGGUUAUCAGAGAGUGGAAUUGCACCCAGGAGAAGCUCGAAUUGUAUCCCAUGGCGUGAGAGUCGCUGAGCUGUCUUACACCUCUGCUCGGGCAGGGGCUGCGGCAUGGCUUGGUCCCGGGGAGAUAACCGGGAUAUAAAGGGGCUGGCAGCAAAGGGCCAUCUCUCAGCCUGGGAUUUCAUGUUGCAAUUAAAGCGUUAAAGGAAGCUGAGCAGUUUGGGUGGAAAAAAAACUAGAUUUCAACCUUUGUUUUAAGAUGUAAUGCAGAUUGCACUUGCAGGUGUAAGAUGAAUGCAGCCACAUGUUUUACAAAAAAUGCAUCUCGACUUUUCGGGGAGCUGUCUGUAAUUCAUUUUGGAGACCUGUUGUUUUGGUUUUGUGUUUUUUUUUUUUUUAACAUCUGCUGCUACUAAUAAAAGCGCAUGCAUUAUCCUCGUU